AUGGGGGAGGCCAGCGGAGCUGGGGGGCGGCCGGCGGGGGUCCUGCUGCCCACCCCGGCCCCCGAGGUGCUGGAGAUGGUGCUGAGCCAACGCUACGGCCCCCUGCCCCGCGCCGCUGCCAUCGCCCGCCUGCGCAAGCAGCCGGCCGGGGGCUACCAGCCGGCUGGGGACCUGGCGGAGGUGCUGGAGCGACGGCAAGCGGCCAACGCCAAGGAGCGCGAGAGGAUUAAAAACCUGAACAGCGGCUUCUCGAAGCUGAAGACCAUCGUGCCCCUCAUCCCCCGCGACCGCAAGCCCAGCAAAGUCGACACCCUGAAAGCUGCGGCCGAGUACAUCCGCCUGCUGCGCCUGGUUUUGGAGGAAACGGGGGGCUUUGAGCGGCAGGACACGGGUGCUGAGCAGGAGCUGGGUGACAGUGGGCGGGUGCCGCCGGGGGGGACCCCUGGGACCUGGCCUGGCAGUGCCCCCCCAUGCCCGUGGGGUCCCCCCGUCCUGCCCCCCUGCCCAGAGCCACCGCAGGAGAGCGGGGGGCCGGUUUUUCCUGCCAAGCCCUGA